GCUGAUUGUACUUUCGAUAUUAACUGCUGGAGAUCUGAGAGCAGAAAGGUUGUCUGGUUGAUAAGCUCAAAGAAAAUCGUCAAAGAUGAGAGAGCUCAUUACUUUUGCUCUUUUUUGCGUGCUGUACGUCACUGUACAAGGAAAAACCUCCAGUCCCAAGAUCCAGGUAUACAGCCAUUAUCCAGGAGAGUAUGGCAAAGAAAACACCCUGAUCUGCUAUGUGAGCGGCUUCCACCCUCCUGAUAUCUCCAUUGAGUUGGUGAAGGGUGAUGAGGUUAUCCCUAAUGCCCAGCAAACUGACCUGGCCUUCGAGAAGGGCUGGCAAUUUCAUCUUACCAAGAGUGUCUCCUUCAAACCAGAGAAGGGAGAUAAAUACAUCUGCAAAGUUCGACAUAUGGAUAAAACAUACAAUGUCAUUUGGGAGCCCAACAUGUAAAGCCAAACAAAGAGACAAAGAAAGGAUAAUUUCUCAUGUUUUUGGAACUUUUUCACCAUCAGCAGAAAACACUGCUGUCCUAUCACAAAUAUGAUUUUGCUCAAGAUGCACAAUUCAAACAAAUGACAAUAAAUAACCUGAUUCAUUGAUUUUGGUUUUUCCUUGAGUCGGCUUAAUUAUAAAGUUCUUUUCUCUAUGAGAUUAAUGUUUAUUUAACCAAAGUACAGCUGCUACAUGUUUCUGUAUGUGUUUUGUAUGGUUUGUUGUUGUUUCACUGGUUUCAUUCCUCUUUGUGUAAAUGUUAUGUAGACCAUGCAGGAGUAGUAAUGUGCAAGUAAACAACUAUGAAAUUACAUUCAAUUGCAGGCUAUGUUUUUGCUUAUUUUGGGCUUUAUUUUCAAAUGUAUUCAUAUGACAUACAAUACUCAUUUGUAAACAUAAAUGCUCAUUUUAAAUCUGCAUUUUCUCACACAUGUUCGGACUGCUGUAAAUGAGUUUUUAAAUAAUAUGUAUUUACCCUAAUUUGAAACUUUUGUCCCAAGGAAAAUUACAUUCUACUAAUGGGAAAAUAAAGUAUAUCAAGUUUAGUAGAA